CAAUCUCAAUACAAAUUGGAGUUUUCUUCCCUCUAGCUUUAUUGCUUACGUCCUCGCUUACACACACACAGUACACACACUCACUCUCAUAUGUUGCCCCGAUCUCUGAAAAUUCUGAUGAACAUAAAUACAUAGAAACCCCACCAUUUUUAUGGUGAAAAACUAGAAAAUUACUGCUGCAGAAGAAGAGGUAAGAACUAAGAACAGAUGGGGUGGAAAGGAAUUCUGGGUUUUGACUAUGGAAUCAUGCAGGCCCCACUUGGUCCCGACAUUUCUGGUCCAGAACUUGUUGCUGCGGUUGCUAAUGCUGGUGCCAUUGGUCUUCUUCGAGCCCCUGAUUGGGAAUGCCCAGAAUAUGUAAGAGAGAUGAUAAGGAAGACUCGGACUUUAACUGACAAACCCUUUGGCAUCGGUGUUGUUUUGGCAUUUCCUCAUGAACAAAAUCUGAAAGCUAUACUGGAGGAGAAAGUGGAUGUACUGCAAUUAUAUUGGGGUGAAGCAUCUGAAGAGCUUGUUCGUAGAGCUCAUGAUGCUGGCGUCAAAGUUGUUCCCCAAGUUGGGAGUAUUGAAGCAGCAAAAAGGGCCGUUGAUAUUGGAGUAGAUGCAAUCAUUGUUCAAGGACGUGAAGCAGGUGGGCAUGUGAUAGGUCAGGAAGGGUUAAUUGCUUUGGUGCCUAGCAUAGUUGAUCUAAUAGGGGAACGAGAUAUUCCAGUUGUUGCUGCAGGUGGAAUUGUGGAUGCACGUGGCUAUGUUGCAGCUUUGGCCCUUGGGGCACGAGGUGUUUGCCUUGGCACUAGGUUUCUCGCAACUGUAGAAAGCUAUGCUCAUCCUGUGUACAAGAGGAAGUUAGUUGAGUAUUCCAAAACUGAACACACAAAUGUAUUUGGUCGUGCAAGGUGGCCUGGAGCACCGCAACGUGUCUUACUCACUCCGUUCUUCAGUGACUGGAGAUCACUUCCUGAGAAUGAAGAUGAGACUAACCAGCCUGUCAUUGGACGUUCUACAAUACAUGGAGUGGAAAAAGAGGUAAAACGGUUUGCAGGAACUGUGCCAAACAAAACCACGACAGGUGAUAUUGAGAGUAUGGGGAUGUACGCUGGACAAGGUGUCGGCCUCAUCAAAGAAAUUCUACCUGCUGGAGAAGUUGUGAAGAUGAUUGUAGGAGAAGCUCAGCUGUUGAUACAGCAAAAGUUUCAGGAUGCUUGAGUUUAAGUGGUAUAAAAGAAAGGUUGCAUGAUUCAAGGUGUGAUCUUGGAUUCUUGGUACGUUGUUGUUGCUGCGUGUGUUGCUCCUGUAAUCUUGAGGCAGUUUUUGUACUAUACCAUUUGUACUAAACUCAAGUAGUCUGAAUCACUUAAACUUGAUGUAAUUCAUGGUCAAAGUCUUUUAAAGUUUGACCUAAAAAAUAUUACAAUGAGAGAAUCUUUUAGAGACAUGCGGAGUUUUUGUAUAACCAGCGUCCAUCACUAUUCAUUGUGAAUUCCUUCAUACUUCGUACUUUGUAUAUUCUAGUUCAUAAAUAGAAUUCAUAACUUAUCACUUGAAUAUAACCAUAUCCAAAGUCCAAACAAAU